UCUACAAGAAUAUUUUCAGAAGAGACCAUUUGCACUAGAGGCUCGUGCAAGAGUGAGGCAGACUUCGACAAAAUUCGAAAAUACAGCAUGUGAGAGUAUGGUUUUGCCACAAUAGUAUGGUCUCAAGAGAGUGCUAUGGCUGAAUCAAGUCUUAUCAAAACAACAUAUGUGAAGAGAAAGAGCUCAUUCUCAUCUUUAAUUGAAUGUUUGUUUUGUCCAAAAUCAUUCAUCUCUACUGAAAAUGGUGCAAAGAAUCCUGUUCUGGCUCACCUUCUUAAAGAACAUAAAUUUGUCAUCGCAGAAGUCCAGAAUAUAACCAAUUUCCCAAGCUACAUGUACUACUGGAAGAAAAGGCUUGCAGAGGUGCCAAUCACAGAUGUUUGCGCUGUCAUAAAAAGUAACACAAAGGAUGGUGAUUUAGGAGAAACAGAAGAUUUUUAUCUAUUAACAAAUUUUUUGCCAGAAGACAGUGCUUUGAGAGAGCAGUUGAAGGAAGAUGAAAUAGCUUGUAUUUUAGAAGAACAGCAGAAAGAAAGAUCAGACAAAUCUUUCAACCGAAGAUGUUUGUUCUGCAAGCAGCAGUUUAAAGAAAAUAGGAAUGAACUCUUUGAGCAUAUGAUCAAGAAACACGCAUUCAAUAUCGGCAAUCCAGAUAAUAUCGUCCAUGUCAAUGAACUUCUGGACUCUCUUGCCGAUAAGCUAAAAAGUCUAACCUGCUUAUUCUGUAACAAGCAAUUUCAAGAUUGGAACACGUUAAGAGAACACAUGAGAAAGAAAAACCACAAAAGAAUAGACCCAAAAGAUAAAUCAUAUGACAAAUUCUAUCUUAUCAAUUACUUGGAACCAGGGAAGGAUUGGGAAGAACUGCAAGCUGAAUCCGAGGAAGAAGUCGAGAAAGCAGAAGAGGAUUGGAGUGGAUGGAACGAGCAAGUGGAAAGCACCUUUUCUUGCCUGUUUUGUGACUUGUGUUACAAAGACAUGGGAAACAUUUUGAUUCAUAUGCAGGAAGAACAUGACUUCGAUCUCCAAAGUGUUAAAAGGCAGAUGGGCCUAGAUUUCUACCUCCAAGUUAAAGCUGUCAAUUACAUCCGAAGACAGGUUGAGAAAUUGAAGUGCCCAUUUUGCCAGUUGCAAUCUGGAAGUCAAAAAGAGCUGAAUUUGCACAUGGACAAAGAAACCCAUUGUCGUCUGCCGGACGAUAAAACGAUCUGGGACCAGCCCGAAUAUUUUUUUCCCACUCUGGAAAAUGAUGGACUGCUUUGUUUUCUUGACGACGAUAGCAUAGAGGAGGAUGAAAUCACUGUUCUGGAUAACGUCUUACCAGAAGAUGUUCCUGACGUUCAUUGACGUGGUUUUCGCGCGCUCAUAGUGGAUAAUCCUGAGCUUGACAAAAAAAUGGAUUUGAUUCAGGAUUCAAUGGAUUUGAUGCAGGAUUCAAUGGAUUUGAUGCAGGAUUCAAUGGAUUUGAUGCAGGAUUCAAUGGAUUUUAUGCAGGAUUCAAUGGAUUUUAUGCAGGAUUCAAUGGAUUUUGGUGCUGGACAAAGAUUUUGCUUAGAAUUGCUUAGUUGUAGCUUGACAUAUUGCUUAUUUGUGAAAGAUAAGAAGCAUGCAUUAACGUAAGUAUGAAAGGCAUUUAGAAUUUAACGUAAAUCAAGAUAUUGGGGCAGUUAUGCAGAAAAUUAUUAUAAUAUUGAAUGAAUAGCAAGGAAAUCG